AUGCCUACAUUAUUUAAUUUUCGAGUUCCUAUAUUUAGUAGAGGAAGGAAAACACCAGAUCCAUUAAGUAGUGAUAAAAUUUAUGAUACUAAUAUUAAUAAUGAUAAUCGACAAAAAGGGAUAACAAGAACAGUUAGAUUUGAUGAAGGUGUUAACAAAGAUCCUAAUCAAUUACCACCAUCUGUUACAAUACAUCCAAAUAUUAAUCCACAAAUAACACAACAUCAACCAAGUAAUGUAGCACCAUCAAACUAUUUAAAUAGUACAUUACAAAAUGUUAAUCAAUCAACAACAAAUACAAAUCAACAAUCAUCAUGGAAUUAUGUAAAUGGUUAUGAAACAGAAAAAAAUACAUUAUUGACAAAUAAUUAUCCUAAUUUAUCAGAUAUUAAUCAUCAAAAUUAUUCACAAAUAGGAUCACUUCCACGUAGUUAUUCUUCUGGUCCAAGAAAUUUACAAAAUAUUUCGACAUCUCAUCAUCGAGCAAAUAAAAUUCUUCAACAAUUACGUUCCGAUGACGAUGGUGAUUUUAGUGAAAACGAUGAAAAAUUAGAUACAAUACAACAGGCUAACAAAAUAACUCACUCAAAUUAUGGAAAAUCACACAUUGGAUCAGGAAUUCAUAGUAGUGGAGUAAUUUUUGUUCAAUAUAAUGAUGAAACAAAAAGAGCUCUUUUACCACCAAAAUUAAAUUCUAUAGAACAAUUAAAAAACAUAUUUUUAAAAUCUUUUCCUUAUCUCAGUAGUCAAUAUCUUAAUUUAUCUUAUGUUAAAAUUUAUAUUCAAGAUAGUACUGAUAAGAGUCAAAUUUUUUAUGAAUUAGAUGAUUUAAGAGAUGUUAAAGAUAGAUGUAUACUUAAGAUAAGAGAACAAAUAUCUGGUUAUCAAUCACCACCACCAAUACGUUUUACCGAUAAAUUACCAACAACAUUUGAUUAUAUGAGUGAAGGAGAAGGUGAAGAUUAUAAUAAUAUAUAUGGAAGAAAUUCAAAUUAUUCAAGAUUAGUUUUUCCAACAAAUUAUAGACCAGCUUCAGCUGUUCCUGGAACUGAUGGAAGAAUGUAUAGUGCACAAGUAACAAAAAAAGAAUCAGGUGUUGGAAAGGCUAUUUCUGCAAAAUUUGAUCCAUAUUAUGAUCCAUAUUUUAGUGAUACAUCAAGUACUGGUGUACCACAAUCACCAUGUGUUGUUCCAAGAUCAGCUAAUGCAACACCAACAAUAGAUAGAGAAGCAAGAUUUAGAAUGGAAACAAUGGAAAAACAAUUACAAGGUUUAAGUAGUUUAGUACAUUCAGCAUUAGUAACAAAAAAUAUUGAUAGUUUUGGACAAAAAGAUAUAACAGAUUUAAGAAAACAAAUAUUAGAAUUUAAUAAUACAUCAACAGAUAAUUGUGAUGUCUUAUCAACUGCUGGAAGUAUUGAUAUGAGAAAUUUAGAUAGUUGUAAUACAAGUAUAUGUAGUUCUGUUACAGGAAAUGAAAACAUUAUUACUGAUAUAAGAAAAUUAAAAAAACAAAUAGUUUCAUAUACGACAGAUAUUAAACAACUUAAAAAAAAUGCUCAAGAUUUAAAAAAGUGUAAUAAAGAAGGACUAAGAGAUAUGAAAGAUCGAAUUAAUGUUUUAUUGAAUAAUUAUGUAUCAAAUAUCAAAAAUAAUGAUAUUAAAAUUAUUGAAAUUGAAAAAAAUACUAAUGAUGAUUCAGAGACGAAACAUUUAAGAGAAGAUCAUAUAUCACGAAUGGCAUAUCUUCUUACUAAUUUAUCAUCAUUUGAAAGGAAUGUUGAAAAUUUAAGAAAAACAGUUGUUGAUGGAAACAGAAAAUUAAAGAUGACAGAGGUUGAAAACUUAACAAAUACUUUAACAACUAUUGGUAAGACAGCUGCUCAAUUAAAAACUGAUUUUCCAAAAUUAUAUAAUAAAAUAGAAAAUAAAAUUAAAAAUGAUAUGGAAUGUGUAAUUAAAAAUGAAACAUUUAUAAAAGAAGAACAAAACCAUAUUGAUAAUUGUUUAAAAAGAUGUAAAACAUUAGCUAAUAUGAUGGUAACAAUGAAAAAAUUAGCAAUGGUUCAAGAUCCAGCUAUUGCUAAUUAUACUAAUAAAAUUCAACAAAAUUAUAGUAAUAAUUCUUUUUAUAAUCCAUCUAAACCACCAGUACCAAAAUUAAAUAUAUCUAGUAAUACUAGUACAUUAGACGAAAGACAAUCUGAUAGAGAACAAUCUGUUGAAUCUGAUAAAGGAAAAGAUGAUGAUGAUAUAACAAUAAUGGCAGAACCAUUACCACAAAAUGGUCUUCAACAAGAAACUAUAAAAAAAGUCAUUCCACCACCAGUUCCACCAUCACCUAAAAAUUAUUAUGCUCCACCAUUAGGAGAAUCAAAACCACCAACUCCAAGAAAAUUUUCAAGUAAUACACAUGUUUUAGAUUCAAUAUUAGAUGAGUUAAGUUCGAACGAAAUGGAACCAGAAGAAAAAAGUAAUAAUAAUGUAAAAGUUCAUAUAAAUGGUAAAGACAUUCAAAAAUAUCCUUUGAAAAAUGAAAAAUCAAAAUCUCCUUACGAAAAUAUUUCCACCUCAUAUAAUAAUAUUAAAUCACCAACAAUUCCACCUUCAUAUUCAUUUAACAAUUAUCCGAAUAUUAAUAAUAAUUUAACAGUUAACUCACCAUAUAAUCAACAAAAUGAUAAAUAUAUUUCCCCCAACAACAGUAGUGAUUCACAAUCAUCAUCAUCUUAUUCACCAUCUAUAUCAAAUUCUUCAGCUACAUGUAAUAGUAGUGAUUCUUCAUCAUUAUUUUUACAAAAUUAUAACUCAAAUGAAUAUUCUUUGAGAGAGAAACAACAACAAUUGGAAUGUCAAUAUGAACAACUUCAAAAAUUAGUUCCCAUGCUCAAGUAA